CUGUAUCUCUCUUCGUUCAACUUCUAGGGUUUUCUCCGCCGAGUAUUACUGGGUUUCCCAGCUUCGCCGCUCUCGAAUUUUCUUGGGAUGUGGAUGUUUUGAGAAUGCUUCGUCAGAUGGUCUACGCGGAUUUGUCCGUUCCCGUACGACUCGUUCCCUUGAAGCAAAAUCAAUCGUGUUGCUUUUUCAUAUCUCUCCCAAAUCCUUUGAGCAUUCGUUGCUCGCCUCGUUGAUCUGGGAGUACACUGGAGCAACUACACUUUUUCCAGUAUUGGUUGUGGAUGGCGUUUUCUGUUGAAAGAACGGUGAUGAGAUUAUACAGACCUGUAAUGAUUGCGGUGAUGAUCGCAGUUCAUUAUGAACAUCUAAGGGACUGAGUUCUUCAAUUUUUCAUCUUGCGAUUACAGUUUUAAAUUGGCUCUGCUCUUUGAUACAAUGCUUCACUCUUUCACAAUAUAUAAUUUUGAAGCUAGAGCGAGAGGCCCAAAUUGAUUUUGUUCCCCUCGCUAUCCAAUGCGUCUGUAAUCUGGUUGCGUAAUUUGGACGUCGGGGAUCGAUAUUUCUUUUGAAUUGAUUCAGCGUAUCUUUGAUGGAUUGUUGUUUGAAGGGGGAGUCAAAUGAAGAACAUCUUUGACGAGUUGUUGAAUGCUCUGUCGGUUCCGAUCGCUAAGCAUGAUGAUUCAAUCUCUUGAAUAGGAAGAUCUGAUGAUUUCCUCCCCUUUCUAGUUUUUGCUGUCCCUCUUCCAACGUUGGUUGCAAUCAGAAGCCGGUGAAGAUUUGUAUUCAUGGUUGUUGCUGAAAUUCAAACGAAAUUUGUUGAAAGUUUAUACGAACUAGGACGGUCUGAGGCUUCUGAUAUAUCUGUAUAUCCAUUUGGGAUUUUGGAUUGAUGGUAAACGAUUGAUUGGGGGUGUGUGUGGAUGAUGAUAAUCACUUAAAAAUUACAGUUAUCCCUGGCUGAGGUUAAAGCCUUUGAUGUAUGUUCAUAAGCUGACGCAUUCACACCCUUCAACUUUCUCUUUGAUUUUGGUUCUUUUUUCUGUUGUCGAUAACCUUUACGGUGUGCAAACAAGUGUAUGCGUGAUGGGUGAUCCAUGCUUCUGCUGUUUAUCCGUAUCGUCCUCGCUACAAAUGGAGUUGUGCUCAUCAUCUGUGAUCCUAUUGAUAAUUGCCAACUUGUGCUUUAAAGUAGUAGUAGCAUUCGGCGUUGAUCUUGCUGUGGCGUUGCCAAGUAGUUCAAGUAACCAUUCAAAUAUAAUAUGAAAUGGGCGCUUUGAAUAUGGACUCUGGUGGCUGCUCGUUAUCGGUGUCGUUGAUGUUAUAAUAAUCAUCAAUACGAUAUGGUUGUAUGUGGCGCCCCGACGGCGCUUCACAGCGGUUUUGCUUAGCUUUCUUAAUGAAUCUGCGUUCGAUCGUGGGUGUAAAAGUAAUAAAUAAUGGGUCUCGUGUAGUUUAUGAAAGGAUGCAUCAUGCAUACAUGCAUGCCCAUCAUUGUGGUAAAAAUUGUCACGCAGAAGAUCUGUGUAUUAGAAUUUCCGAUAAAGAGGGUGUCUGCAGAAAAUUUUGGUAAACAGUUUUAACGUAUAAAUUCGUUUAUCAUACAUUACUCGUAGUCAAAGAUUUCGGAUUCCAGUCAAACGUAUGUAUGUAUAUAUUGUAUACACACAUUUAAAAGGACAUGUCGCUCGUUAUAUAUAUAUAUAUGUAUAUACAGAUGCCCAAUAAUUAAUGUUUUUCGAUGCAGUAAAGAGAAGCAGAUAACCCUCCAGAUGACUUCUAAGACUGUACACUUUUACGAAUGAAAGAAGAGGGUUACGUCAUAAAAGCAUGAAAGCGGGUUUCCAAUUAUCCAUUUGUUAAUCAACGUCAAUGCCCAGACAAAAACUAUGAACGAUGGGGUUAUGUCGUCCGACUUUGGAAGUUCCACGCAUGUUUAUUAUACUAAUACAAUACACCUCCUCAUGUUCUUUCCUUAAAACGCCCACCUCGGUUUUUGCUUCGAAAUUUCAAUCCCAUAUAUGUCGGCUCUUAACGACGACCAUACCGUCUCUUCUUCUUCCUGGCACCGGGGGAAGGUCUUAGGCAGAGGAUGCUUUGGCACCGUCAAUCUCGCCGUUAACCGAUCCGACGGCACGAUUUUCGCCGUUAAAUCCGUUGAUCGUUCCACGUGUCUCCCGUGUCAGCUCCAGUCCCUCGAGAACGAAAUUCGGAUCCUCCGCUCUGUUUCCUCUUCUCUUCACGUCGUGCGCUUCCUCGGCGACGACGUUACCCGGGAAGGUACGACGACGUUUCGUAACCUCCAUCUGGAGUAUAUGCCACGUGGAUCUCUCGCUGACGUGGCGGGAGAUUACCUGGACGAGCAGCUGAUCCGGCUGUUCACGCGCUGCUUGGUCACUGCUCUGAGGCACGCGCACACGCUCGGAAUCGUACACUGUGACAUCAAGGCGAGGAAUGUUCUACUGGGCGUCGAACCGGGCUCCGUCAAACUCGCCGAUUUCGGGUCGGCCACUGAAAUCAAACCCGGAGGCCGAAACGGGUUCAGGUCUCAGGUACUGCCACGUGGAAGUCCUCUGUGGAUGGCUCCCGAGGUGAUUCGGCGGGAAUACCAAGGGCCCGAGAGCGACGUGUGGUCGCUUGGAUGCACCGUCAUCGAGAUGGUCACCGGAAAACCGCCUUGGCGUGACUGCGGCGUCGAUGCCCUGAAAAUAAUCGGAUUCUCCGGCGAGUUGCCGAGUUUCCCAACUCGGUUAUCGGAAAUCGGCCGGGAUUUCCUCGACAAGUGCCUGAGGAGGGAUCCGAGCGAGAGGUGGGACUGCGAUCAGCUGCUGCAUCACCCUUUCCUGUCAUGGUAUACGUUUUCGGCCAUGUCCGAGCCAUCUCCGAGGCGUGUACUCGACUUGGUGUUCGAGGAGGACGGGGAGAGCGAGUCAGCAACCGAGUCGAAUUCAAAUUUAGAAAUGUCUGAAUCGGCGGCUAGGUGGAGGAUGGGCCGAUUGGCGACGAGCAGAGGGGCCAUCUGGGCAUCUGAAUCUGAUGGUUGGUUGGCAGUUAGAGGUUCGAAUCACGGAACACGUCACCCAUCUUCCGGUUCUUGGAUUCCGUACAUGGCGGGGCCAAGUCCGACGUGGCUAAGUACGAGGGUAGAAAUGGAAUUAUACGAAAAAUAGCGGCCUUGAUUCAGCCGGAGUUGGGCCUUGUGGGUCCCGGGAGCUGGGUUCCGACACGUGUAGAAAUGUUCAUACAUGAUUUAAUUUUGUAUGGUCUGUAUUUAAUCAUAUGUAUAUAUAACAAGCAAACAAACAGGUUUCUAAAUAUUAUCAUCGGGAAGUGCCUUUAUGUCUGAAUCCACUUAUAGAA